GGCGAGGCGUGUCGGGGCGGGGCAGACCAAGAAAUGGAAGGGCGAGGCGCAGCCUUGCUCGCGUUCCAGAAGAUCCCCGAGGUAGACUCAUGUCGCGCGGCGGAACUGACUCCGAGCAGCGCCAGCAGGCGUCAGAGGCAGACGCCACGAAAACAGCCUUCCGGGCAAGCGAGCAUCAGCAUAUCCGCUACAACCCGCUGCAGGAUGAGUGGGUGCUGGUGUCAGCUCACCGCAUGAAGCGGCCCUGGCAGGGGCAAGUGGAGCCUGAGCCUCUGAAGACAGUGCCCCGCCACGACCCCCUCAACCCUCUGUGUCCCGGGGCCACCCGGGCCAAUGGAGAGGUGAAUCCUAACUAUGAUGGCACCUUCCUGUUUGACAACGACUUCCCAGCUCUGCAGCCUGAUGCCCCUAAUCCAGGACCCAGCGAUCACCCGCUUUUCCAAGCACAGGCUGCCCGAGGAGUUUGUAAGGUCAUGUGCUUCCACCCCUGGUCGGAUGUGACGCUGCCACUCAUGUCAGUCCCUGAGAUCCGGGCUGUCGUCGAUGCAUGGGCCUCAGUCACAGAGGAUCUGGGUACUCAGUACCCUUGGGUGCAGAUCUUUGAAAACAAAGGAGCCAUGAUGGGCUGUUCCAAUCCCCACCCUCACUGCCAGGUGUGGGCCAGCAGCUUCCUGCCAGAUAUUGCCCAGCGCGAGGAGAGAUCUCAGCGGGCCUAUCACAGUCAACACGGAGAGCCUCUGCUGAUGGAGUAUGGCCGCCAGGAGCUGCUCCGGAAGGACCGUCUGGUCCUAACCAGCGAGCACUGGUUGGUGCUGGUCCCCUUCUGGGCAGUGUGGCCCUUCCAGACACUGCUGCUGCCCCGUCGCCAUGUGCGGCGGCUGCCUGAGCUGACACCCACUGAGCGCGAUGAUCUGGCCUCCAUCAUGAAGAAGCUCUUGACCAAGUACGACAACCUGUUUGAGACUUCCUUUCCCUACUCCAUGGGCUGGCAUGGAGCUCCCACAGGGUCAGAGGCUGGGGCCGCCUGGGACCACUGGCAGCUGCACGCUCACUACUACCCUCCGCUGCUCCGCUCUGCCACUGUCCGCAAAUUCAUGGUUGGCUACGAAAUGCUUGCUCAGGCUCAGAGGGACCUCACUCCUGAGCAGGCUGCAGAGAGACUAAGGGCACUUCCUGAGGUUCAUUACCGCCUGAGGCAGAAGGACAAGGAGACUGCGGCCGUCACCCGACCACACUGACCACAGGGCCUUGAGUCCUUCUGCCUGAGGGACCUGGAGCCUAGAGUUUGUGUGGAUGAAACAUCAAUAAAAUUGUGCCUCUCCAACUUUAA